UGACGUAGGCCGGCUGAAGCUCGAGGUGUUUAUUGUUCCUUCCCGUCGAAGAGAGAAAAGGGCUGGCUUAGCGGAGACAUAUAUCUCAUACACUUUCACUGCGGUUUUAGGUUCAAGGAGCCAUUUUAAAAGGCCAAAUAGGUUGAUACAGGACCGAUUGGCCAUGGCGUACGCGUACCUCUUCAAAUACAUCAUAAUCGGAGACACGGGUGUGGGGAAGUCCUGCCUAUUAUUACAGUUUACAGAUAAGCGCUUCCAGCCAGUGCACGAUCUCACUAUUGGUGUUGAAUUUGGAGCGCGAAUGAUCACUAUAGAUGGCAAACAGAUAAAACUUCAGAUCUGGGAUACGGCCGGACAGGAGUCCUUCCGUUCAAUCACCAGGUCUUACUAUAGAGGUGCGGCUGGGGCACUCCUAGUUUAUGACAUCACAAGAAGGGACACCUUUAAUCACUUGACUACUUGGUUAGAAGAUGCUCGUCAACAUUCCAACUCUAACAUGGUCAUCAUGCUCAUUGGAAAUAAAAGUGAUUUGGAGUCACGGAGAGAGGUGAAGAAAGAGGAGGGAGAGGCCUUUGCCAGAGAACACGGUCUGAUCUUUAUGGAGACUUCUGCAAAGACUGCAUCAAAUGUAGAAGAGGCAUUUAUCAACACGGCAAAGGAGAUUUAUGAAAAGAUCCAAGAGGGAGUCUUUGAUAUAAACAACGAGGCUAACGGCAUUAAGAUUGGACCCCAGCAUGCUGCCACUAACUCCACGAUGGGUGGCAGCCAGGGAGGACAGCAAGCUGGAGGGGGCUGUUGCUGAGCACUACCCUUUACCCUCCAGUCUCCUCCACCCCUUACGUUUCUACUGGACUGGUCGGGCUCACUAACAUUUUCUUAACCUCCCACAGCCCAGACCCCGGAUUCAAAUCGUAUAUUAGAUGGCUGCCCAAACAAAAAUAUAAACUCCAGGUCCUCUACAAACCUCCUGUCAAACUCCUGAAGCCUGUUUGGCUACAGCAGACAUUAUAAUGGUUACUAAUAAGGAAAAAGGCAGGAGCUUUGGAAUUAUUAUGGUAAAUAUAUUCAUGUUUGUUUCUCAGCAAGUUUUUUUGCCCUUUUGACUUCAAGCUGAAAUGUAUUAAAUGCUACAAAGUCAUCUAUUGUAUUUUUAUCAGUUUAUUUGGGUAAAUUCUAUGAAAACUGUGGUGAACCCGGAAGUCAAAACGAAACGUAGAGCUGUACAGAAAGGAACAGCUAUUAUCAAAGUGAGGAAGUUAAAAGAAGAAAAAAGCAGGACUGUUUUAAAUGUAUUUAUCAUUCACAUUCUGUAUAUAUAGUUAUCAUUUCUCGCUUUGGUGUACGUUGUCUGAGCUAGAAUUCUGUAAUGGAUUUGCUUAAAUUCUAUACUGUAUGAAUAGAGCUUGAAACUGCAACAGUAUUGUGAUAUCUCCAAACCUGCUUUGACACCAUUUUUAGGUAAUCUUUUACUUUGUUUAUUUUAGUUUGGUCCUGCCAUCUGCCUUGACCUCGUAUCCGUGCCCCUGAUACUUUUCUCUGUAUAGAAACUCUGGCUUGAUAUACCUGUUUUAAUGCCAAAUAUGUGUUUACCUGUGUUCUAAAAUGACGGCUCCAGAUGUGGAUCACCUCUCCAGAACUAGAUCUGCUGUUUGCCUUAAAGAUUUUGGGAGAUAAAAACAAUAACAAAAUCAUGUUAUACAGGAUCAUUUCAUUAAUUACAUCCGAUCAUAUAUUGCAUAUGAUAAAGCUAGACUCACUUAUCCACUAGACAGACACUCACACAUACAUGCCUAUACCUAUAUAUUAAUUCAUGUCAUCACAUAUGUAUGCAUAUUAUUAUAUAUUUUCCCCUCUCUGCAAAGUUAUUUUUCUCAAUGCAGUCCGCUGUGUAAUGUCAGUGCAGAUCCACUUUAAUUUAGGCAUCUGAGUAAUUGUGUAAAGACUUACUUUCUCUUGGCACUAUGUUGUUAAUAGAUAUAUGGUGAACAUCUUGUCUGUUGUGAAAGGGGUGUGAUAAAGCCAAACCUGGAAUAACUUUGUUACCCUCAAGUUUAUUUGCUGUGUUCUCAAAAUUAAAUGCUAUCACGAAAAAAUAUAAUAAAACAUUCUAAACUCAGUUUACUUGUGCAGUUUGUAAAUUACCAUCUAUCCCCAGAGAUCACAAACAUAAUUGUCUUUUGUUCCAAAUCGCAUAUAGACUGCAUGUAAUAUACAUUUUUACCAUUCGCUAUGUAGCAGAUAUUUUAAUUUAUCUUCAAUUAUUUGUAUUUUUCUUAAAUCACCUUUUGUUGGAUAUCCUAAAAUCAUCUGUGUUGUAUAGCACCCAAUGGCUGGAUUUGGGUGGCUUUGCAUACCUGUUUUUCUGUAAAAAAUAAAAUAAAUAAUAUUCCUUUACUC